AUGCCAAGAGGCCACCAGGCGAGGGUGAGAUCGGCAAGGGCUUUUGCUCGAAGCCUGUUGAGACAGCUGAGACCACAAAGGAGUGAGUCGGCAAACGCAAGUGCAGCAGGUGGAGAACAACGUCCGACAAGAAAGCGAUACAAACAUGCCGAUCGAUUCAAGAGCAGACAGAAAAAGCUUCGAGAUCUGGAGCAGGAAAUAGAGGGACUGCCCACCCUGUUCGAGUUGAAGGAUGUCCUCUAUGAUGAGAACGCAUCCAUCAGGUUCCUACAGAAGAAGGGUGUGCUCGUCAUACCAACUUGCUGCGAGCGCUGCAACUGUGAUGUGGUUCAGGAUUGGACACGGCAUCAGGUCAGGUGCCAGAAGACGGCAUGCAUGUACAGUGUCCCAAAGAAGUGCGAAUUGUGCUCGUGCAAGGAUCUUCAAGGAACAACAACACGGCUAGGCGACAAUGGAGUCAAGUGCACUGCUGACGACUGUGGCUGGGAGUGGAGCCCUGGGAAGAUAUAUGUGCGUUCUUUCUUCCGUAACAGUGUCCUCGAAAAGUGUCAUCUGCCGAAGAAUGAGGUGGUCCACCUCAUCUAUCUCUGGUUGAACAAGGCGACAAACACUCAGGUGUGCCAGCAACUGGGAUGGAAUUCCGAGACAGCGGGUCGCUGGCUGAAAUACUGCCGCCAGCUUGUGACUGAAAUGAUAGUCACCCAACCACAUGUGAACAAUAUGAUUGGUGGGCACAACAUCAUCGUGGAGAUCGACGAGUCGAAGAUGGCAAGAAGGAAAUACAAUCGCGGAAGACGAGUGAAGGGAAGCUGGGUGCUCGGAAUGGUGGAACGAACAGCUGAGAGGAAGAUGGUGCUUGUGGUGGUGGACUCACGAGAUAUGAAGACACUUGAGCAUUCGAUCAAGACAUUCGUGCAUCCUGGAUCUACCAUUCACACUGACAUGUGGAAGGGAUACUUGGGACUGGAAAGACUUGGCUACACACACAAGACUCUCUGUCACAAGUAUGAGUUUGUCGCUGAGGAUGGAACACACACACAGACAGUGGAGGGCAACUGGACUCCACUCAAGAAAGCUAUCCCCGUACAGUGCAGAGAAGGGGCAGACCUGCAGGACUAUUUGUUCGAGUACAUGUGGCGCAGGAAGAACAUUGGACGGCAGUGGGAGGCAAUGUGGCAGGGACUGGCACGAGUUAGGAUGACAAGACGAGAGCUCCAGGAGAUAUUGCAGGAGCGAGAGCACACGUGUGAGGAUGACGACGAAGAUUACUGCCCCCUGAUUGAUGCUAGGCUAGACGAGGAAGAGGACAGCGCUGGCGACAACCCAUGGGGUGAUUUCGGAGAUGAGACCUUCACUCCAGACACUGACGACGAAGGUGAGAGCAAUGGCAACGACGGCACGAGUGACGAGGACGUGGAACGCAUGACGGAAACGAUCGCCUACGAGGUAAUCAGUGAGCUCAUGGCCGGUGGAGCCAUUGACCGUUCGAUUUUCUUUGAUGAAGGGGGCAAUCAGUAUGCAAUCAUUUGA